GCAACAAUCUAACAUUUAACGCAAUGCUACCAAAAGAUCAAUUAGAAGUAGGUUUCUCUUCUCAUGAGUUUCUGUAUGACAGUAAGAGGAAGGAACUUCCUCCUGAAGAUUAGAGAGGGAAGGGAGCGACGAUUCACCCUCAGUCCAGAGUUUUAACAUUUUAACAACAGCAGCGAGAGGAGAAUAGAAGGGUGAGCAAGAAUGUCAGAAAAUCUCAUCUAUGCUGAUUUGAACUUGACUGAAUCAACCAGUCGCAGACUACAGAAAGUCACUGAUGCCCAAGGUUCUGUAUAUGCAGAAGUGAAAGUGCAGUCCCUAGACACAAAUGCUGCAGCUAGCUACACGUCAUGCGGUAAAAUCUGCUGCUCCCGAACACGUGUCGCUGUAUUGGUUGCUGUGACAAUCCUCCUACUGGUCUCAGCGGUGUGUCUGAUAGUUAUGUGGACUCCUGGGGUGGCAGAGACUGGCAGGGAUCCACAGUGGUCUGGUGAAAAUCAGAAUCAGGAUCACACAGGCUGCCCCCAAGACUGGAAAAAAUAUGGGAAAAAAUGCUACUUCUUUUCUCAAACACGGGGAGGAAAACACUGGAACGCCUCCCGGCAAGAAUGUAUUGACAUGAAGUCAGACCUGGUGAUCAUUGACAACAAUGAAACACUGCAAUAUCUUAUUUCACAAUCAAGCGGUCAUUACUACUUACUUGGUCUCACCUACUCUGAGACCGAGCAUAAGUGGAAGUGGAUUAACAACGUGGAGCAUAGCCCAGACAUAUUUCCUAUAGAAGAAUUUUCUAACUAUUUCUGCGCUGUCAUCAGGCAUAAAGUAGAAACUGCAUCUUGUGAAGGAUCCUCAACAACACGAACUAUGUGUGAAAAAGCUUCAAGUACUUCAGAAAGGCAGAAGGAGAGCUAAAAAAAAAAAAAAAAAAAAGGUCUGUAGAGCUCGGGAGCUCGGGCAUGGAAUGAGUGAGGAAGUUAGACUUGAUGUCUGGCUGAGAUGAAGCUAUGCCAAACUUUUCCUAUGGAAGCCUCUUCACCAGUUCAGGAGGACGUUUGCUCAAGGCCAGAUUCUGACUAAAUGAUGCAAAUUAAAUUUAGAAAAAUGCCAG